AUUCAACAUCACUUCACAGACAGGGAAAAAACACUAAGAGACAGAAGAAGACGGACACGCUUUGGCGUUGAGAGGCUGGUCCUAUCCGAGACGACGUGAAGGCCGUUAAUUAAUUGACGACAUUGUUAUUCAGAUUUUUUUUUUCACAUACUGGAGUAUAAACAAGCCAAGAUGAAGCUGCUGUGGGUUGUAAUGUUGGUGGCCGGCACUGUGUUCGCCGACGACGACGACAAGAAGGACAGCGUGGGGACUGUGGUUGGAAUCGACCUCGGGACCACCUACUCAUGUGUCGGAGUGUUCAAGAAUGGGCGUGUGGAGAUCAUCGCCAAUGACCAGGGUAACCGCAUCACUCCAUCGUACGUGGCCUUCACCAGCGAGGGUGAGCGUCUGAUUGGCGACGCUGCCAAGAACCAGCUGACGUCUAACCCUGAGAACACCGUCUUCGAUGCCAAGAGGUUGAUUGGGCACACUUGGGGAGACUCGACUUUGCAGCAGGACAUCAAGUACCUGCCGUUCAAAGUAACUGAGAAGAAGAGCAAGCCCCAUAUUCAGGUAGACAUUGGUGGUGGCACGAUGAAGACAUUUGCUCCUGAGGAGAUCUCUGCCAUGGUGCUGACUAAAAUGAAGGAGACUGCUGAGGCUUAUUUGGGCAAGAAGGUUACACAUGCUGUGGUCACUGUCUCUGCCUAUUUCAAUGACGCCCAGCGUCAGGCCACUAAGGAUGCUGCAACCAUCGCUGGUCUGAAGGUCAUGAGAAUCAUCAAUGAGCCAACUGCUGCCGCCAUUGCUUACGGUCUUGACAAGAGAGACGGCGAGAAGAAAAUUCUCGUUUUUGAUCUUGGCGGUGGCACCUUCGACGUCUCCCUGCUGACCAUCGACAACGGUAUGUCUGAGGUGAUGGCAACCAGUGGUGACACUCAUCUUGGAGGUGAGGACUUCGACCAGCGCGUCAUGGAGCACUUCAUCAAGCUGUACAAGAAGAAGACCGGCAAAGAUGUGCACAAAGACAACAGGGCAGUGCAGAAGCUGCGUCGUGAGGUCGAGAAGGCAAAGAGGGCGCUGUCCGCUCAGCACCAGGCCUGCAUUGAGAUCGAGUCCUUCUUUGAGGGAGAGGACUUCUCUGAGACCCUGACCCGUGCCAAGUUUGAAGAGCUCAACAUGGACCUGUUCCGUUCCACCAUGAAGCCUGUGCAGAAAGUACUGGAAGACUCUGACCUGAAGAAGCCUGACAUUGAUGAGAUUGUCUUGGUUGGAGGCUCCACCCGUAUCCCCAAAAUCCAGCAGCUGGUGAAGGAGUUCUUCAAUGGCAAAGAGCCCUGCAGAGGCAUCAACCCUGAUGAGGCCGUGGCAUACGGAGCUGCUGUGCAGGCUGGAGUGCUUUCUGGAGAGGAGGACACUGAACAUGUUGUUCUUCUGGAUGUGUGCCCCAUGACUCUUGGUACUGAGACUGAUGGAGGAGUGAUGACUAAACUGAUCCCCAGGAACACUGUGGUGCCUUCAAAGGAAUCCCAGAUCUUCUCUACAGCUUCUGAUAACCAGCCCACUGUCACCAUUAAGGUUUAUGAAGGUGAGCAUCCUCUCACAAAAGACAACCAUCUGCUGGGCACAUUCGACCUGACUGGCAUCCCUCCCGCCCCUCGUGGUGUGCCAAAGAUUGAGGUCACCUUCAAGUUCGAUGUCAACGGUAUCCUGCAUGUCACAGCCGAGGACAAAGGUACAGGCAACAAGAACAAGAUCACCAUCACAAACGACCAGAACGGCCUGACGCCAGAGGACAUCGAGCGCAUGGUGAAUGAUGCAAAGCGCUUCGCCGAUGACGACAAGAAGCUGAAGGAGAGGAUCGACGCCCGCAAUGAGCUGGAGAGCUACGCUUACUCUCUGAAGAACCAGAUCGGAGACAAGGAAAAGCUCGGCGGCAAGCUGUCGGAUGAGGACAAAGAAAUCAUUGAGAAAGCAGUAGAGGAGAAGAUUGAGUGGAUGGAGUCACACCAGGAGGCUGAGCUGGAAGACUUCCAGGCUAAGAAGAAGGAGCUUGAGGAAGUGGUACAACCAAUUAUCAGCAAGCUUUACGGCAGUGCAGGAGGACCACCACCAGAGGGCGCAGAAGCCGAGCAAGACGAGAAGGAUGAGUUGUAGGCAAGUUUGCCAUCAACUGUUUUGUUGCCCCUUGCCUCUCUGUUAGUGGCACUUAGAUGUACAUAAUGAACUGAUGAGACUCAAAUCGUGAGAGGAACGGUUGGGAAGGGGUGGCCAUAACAAGCAACCCUACUAAAUCCUCUGAAAGACUUUAAAAAAAAAAACAAGUUUCAGUGUGUGAGAGGUGUUCUCUUCGCUGGAAGGCGGAGAUAUUCGUCAGCCUGGAUAUGAGGCUUGCUGCUGCUGUUCUCAGGCAGUCCUGUUGGGGUGAUGUUGUGGGGAGGGACUUAGUGGGUGGGUUGGGGCAGGUGUUAGGGGGCAAGAGCUCCAAACUUGGAAACCCGCCAUUUCAGUAUUCAUAGAAUUAAAAAAUGUAUCUUGGGUUUGUUGAUUUAAUCAAGACAGAAGAGUUCUUAAAAACAAUUUAUUUAAACUUUAGUGAGUAUUACAUCAUCAUGAAACCACAGUCACAACACAGUCAUUAUGAAUGACACCCUGGGUAUCCAUCCCUCCAAAUACAAAGGCCAAAUGUAUUGUCUCUGAGGCUGUUGGGCAGUCGGCCUGCUCCUUAUCUCCAUUCCCCUCAGCAUGCACCGUCCAGGGCAAUAAACACAUGGAGUGGUCCAGGCGGUUGGGGGGCAUAUCCCCUUCAAACUU